CAAUAGGUACUUGCAGCAAUCAUUGCAGCGAGGAUUGYUCGAUCCCCCGAUCGCAACAAGGCCGAAGGAUUAGCCCUACGAAGGGCGGUCCGCUCCUGAUCGAUUUGUUGAUUGGAUGGAGUUGCUGAUUGCUGGUUGUCGGUUGGUUGUUUGGUAUAUUGAGAAGCAAUGUCGACGUUCCUCCUUGAUUUUGCUGACAAGAUAGCUGACAGAGACGACGAURUYGUUGCGGGAGAGAUAGAGGCAAGUGCCUUUCUGGCGUCGUCGAACGCAACAGGGUCGGAUUUCACGGACGAAAACGAAUAUUGCAGCAUCCCAACCGAAAUAUUUGGCAACUUCUCGGCCAAGGGGUUUCAAAACACCAACAUCAUCAAAUGGAUGAAUUCUAUUCCUCCGAGAUUUGGCAGGACCAGCGACGUUUUGGAUCUCGUGAUUGGAACCGAACAGCAGCAGCGAGGUAUGUGUUUUGAAAACAUGCCGAUUGUGCAUGUCACAGUGCAUCGGGUCGACGCGCAUCGUGCGACGCUGUAUCCUACCGAAAAGGGAAUGAAUCGAUCGGAUGUGCMCAUAUGAUGCAAAGGUGUAUCUUCGAGGUGAAAAGCAACGUGUGCAUUUGCCUCACUUUUCUUUCUUUCUCUUAUUUUAAAAUUGCGUGCCCUUCAUCCACGGGUUUCUAAGAGUAUGUCACAGGAUUGAUGGCCUCUUCCAUUGUUUUGUUGUUCUUUUUUCUGGGAUGGGCUGCCUUGCUGUUGCUUUUCAAGUGCCUAGCCCCCUCGAACGCAGGUAAUUCCACGCGAUGGCUGGGAGGGAAACCCCUGCGAAUGCCAUCCCCCCCGCUCGACAGAAACGAACAUUAUGACAAAUACCAAAGAAAAAGUCAGCAAUAUGCUCCGUCGAAAGGGGACGCAGAGGAAUACAAGGAUUGGAAACGAGAAUACAACGCCACCAAAUUUCAGCUGAAUUGUUUUCGGGUCGUAGUGUGGAUUGCCGGCCUUUCUGUUGUCAUCUCCGCCUUGGUCAUGAGCGUUUACGGGGUAGACUCUCUCAGCAACACGCUCGAGGCAGGCAGGGAGGCGCUUGGGAUCGUUAAGAACCUGGCUGGAGACGCCCAGUCGAUUGUAGAUUCCGUCAUUGCACAAAACGAGGACCUCUCCGGACGGGUUUAUGGCAUGUUGGACGCCGUCAACGGGAUGUGUCCAAACGUAAAAGAUCCCCUCUGCGACAAUAUUUACGACAUUGAAACCUGCGAAAUUGGUUCGUUUCUCGGGAGCGAAAUGAAUGAUGUCUUUCAAAUGGCAGCCAGUCAUUUUGUCCAGGGCGAACAGAGCGAGUAUUACAAAGAAAUCGUGAAUGCCAAGAAUGGGUUGGAAGAAGUCCAGACCCUCUCGCAGGACAUGGACCGGUCAGCCUCGCAGCUGAACUGGGCACUGACACUGAGCAUGGUCAUGAGCUUGUUCUUAGCGAUUUUGUGCUUGUUGAUUCUCUGUGGCUUGGUCUGYCCCGACAUGCCCAGGGUGCUGCAAUGCCUCCAUAGCAAGGUGACGAUACCCGCGUUUUGCGUCCUGGUGUUCUUCGCCUACCUCUUUUCCCUCGUGUUUGUCACGGCGAGUGUGGUCACGGCUGAUGUCUGUAUUUUCCACAAYAACACCAAUAACAUCGACGAACGCAUAAUGACGGUCCUCAGUAAAUCYGAUGACGUGGAAGCGUUGCUGGGAGGGGAAGAAACACAGAAUUUAGUCACGGAAUUCAUUGGUUUCUACAUUCACCAGUGUCCGAUGGAGCUCCUCCCACAGGAAAUCCUCGAGCAGUUGGAAUACAUCAAGGUUGGUGUUCCCGUCAUAAAACAAUUCAGCACAAUUGUGGAGCAGUCGACCGGUUUAAUUCAGGAUGUCUGCGGCUUUCAAGAAAACCAGACCCAAAGCCUGGUGGACGUAGCAGAUACCCUGCAAGACCASCUCUGUGCGGUGGCAAGCAUCCUCACGGACGUUCGAGAUUACAUUCAGUGCGACAACUGGUACCCAUUGUAUGAGACGACAGUCUACCAGGCACUGUGCUACGAUGGUACGGAAGGUUUUGCAUACGUGGCUACGACGCAGUUUGUCAUCACCUUCAUGGCCUUUGUGAUUCUGACCUUUCGGGUUGCCUUUUGGGACAUUACGGUCGGGGACCAAUACUACAAUUUUUUGGACGACGACAGCGAAGAUAGAGAGAGCUAUAGCAGUGAGGACGAAACAGAUGGCGACGGCAACCAUUAUUACUAUAAGGGACUGCGCGAUAAGAUUGCUUCCACGAGGGCCACGGGAAUGGAGAAUCAWAUGGACGAGUUGCGAGAGAGUCAAUGGCACGAACGGCAAGAGCACSAACGACUGGCGGCAGAAAAAGAAACAGAGGAAUCCCCUUCGACAGUCAAACGGACGUCAUUCUUUAGUCGCCUGCGCAGUCCGUCUUCCCUAGACAAGACCAUUGAUACCUCGCCCGCUACCAAUUCCUAUUCCUUCGAAGAAUCCUUCCACGAAGACCCGGCACACGAAGGGAAGAUUAUCGCCCGCAGUGAUGCUGGUAUUCGGAAUUCCCGCUAUCCAUCGAGAUUUCCGGGGAAUAUCGAACGRGAYAGAAACCCGGAACACAAGAAUCCAAUUUCUUCUCURCAAUCGCAGACCUUUGUUGGUGGAUCGGGAACGACCUUUGAUGGCGAAGACGGUGGAAUCGAGGUAGAACAYCUACCAUGCAAUUUCAGGACCGACAUUCGCAAUUUUGGUCGUAGCUGCAAUUAUAUAAGCAGCAGUAGCAGCAGUGCUAACAGCGGCAGUAGCCAUCGCCGCUCACGCGCUUUGGACGCUACGUCUCUCUGGGUGAGGGAACACCAGGAUAACAUAGACUAUUGCGAUUCCGAAGGCGAAACUGAGUACUAUUCCAAGGAUAGUACCAAUGUAAAUUAGAGAGGGGAACUCUAAGUCAUCCUUCAUGGUCACCGAGGCGCACGAUGAAACAGUCAUCGAAAACAAUCGGGAAAGAGAAAGUGCCAAAUGCUAGACUAGAAGAAGGAUACAAAAACAUUAGCCAAUGGGAAAGAUCGUUCGGUACAACAACGUAAAGUACGUUACGAGAUCGGAAGAAAAGAUUGUUGUCCAUCAAUCGAAUUUCAAGUUGUUGUUUGGGGUGCAAAGGAAUCCAAUGCUACUCGCAUUCAUCAUCUAUCGAGCUGAGUUUUCACCUCCACAAUUAUGUGCCUGUUGUUUACCAGUACUAAUACUGCUGGUAGUAGUAUCAGGAACUUUUUGUGAGCAUCCAAACGUGAAUGUUCAGAAGGACGCAGAAAAAGAAUACUGCCACMAUUUGUAAUCCUACGACCGUCGCGUACCGUUACCCGCGGGCAAAAGUUAAAUCUUUGACCAUCUACUUUUCUUCUAGCCUACUGUAGCUUUUUCAGUAAAUAAAUUCUUGUUGU